AUGCUAAUUUACACCACAUUCCAGAGUCAGCUCAAGACUGUCUACGAACCUGGUGUCCAUAUGAUUUCUAUGGCAUGUGGUCUCGCAAACGUAUUGGUCGCAUUCAUUUGGCUACAGGAGACCAAGAACUGCAGUUUGGAUAACGUUGGAAAGAAGCCUGAAGAGGCGAAGGCUGACGCUAAGGAGAUGGAAACACUUCUGCCAAAAGCAGGCGAAAAUGCAGCAGCUGAUGGAGCGGGCACGAACGCAAAGGCAGAGGACGGUGAGAAACAUUAA